AUGACCUGCUGGGGACGUGGUUCACGUACUGAUCCUUUUGUUCCGAUUUCAAAGCUGUACGCCGUGCCUAGACAAGGAUGUAUACUUCAUGUGCAAUAAAAACAUACUAGACUUGGCUGCUGUAACAUAAUUGUUAUACCGCAUUGUACAAGUACAAGUUCGUAUUGAUUUCAGUGACUUCUCGUUUGUAUUGCAGUGAAGUGAGACAAAAAUGGCAGGAAAGAUAAAAGUGGCUAAGUCGUCCGGAUCCGAUGUGGUCCUAGCUUGCCUCCAAUCCAUCGGCGGGGUCUUCCCGUCUGAUCACGGCUUUCUACGCCGCAUUGCGUACGUCGAGUCCAAGGAUGGUACAGAUAGCGGAACUUACCGAGCAGGUUAUCACGGGGGCAUCUGGCAGGUCGACAAGAUCGGCUUUCAGAGUACAAAGGAUACUGCAAGCCACCCAGGUUUGAAGAAAAAGUUCGAGGCUAUUAAGAGUUCCCUGAGCAUUGACUGGGCCACCGUGGAGUGGGAGGAUCUGGACAAGCCACUCUACUCAGCCAUAGCUGCGAGACUCUUCCUGACUAACAUCCCCUCAGCUAUUCCAUCGGGCUUAGCCGAACAAGCGGCUUACUGGAAGAAGCACUACAACAGUAGUAGCGGUGCCGGCUCUGAGAGCAAGUUCAUUGAUGACGUGAAGGUCUUGGAGAAAUAGAAAUUGUAGCAGUCUUUACACCGUACAACCUAGUGUUUAACUUAACUUGAACACAUUAUAAACACUUUUUUGCAACAGUUUAUAAACGCUUUGUGAACUGUUAAGCAUUGUAAAAACACAAGCGUCUAGUUAAACACGGUGUUUAGUGUUCCUAAACAGAGUUAACUGUUCACGAAGCUUUCCCGAUGACGAAAAGAGCAUACUUGGAAACGUCGAGUUAAACCAAGUGGUUCUUCUCAGAACCACACAACUCACAAAAAGAUAUCAUUUAAUUAGUGUUACCGCAAACCUCUCAUUCAUUGAUCAAGACCAUCAUGCAAAACGUUAAGUCUCGUUCACGAAGCGUUUAUAUAAGUUACACACGAUGUUAAGUGUUCCUCAACAGAACUGUUCACGAAGCGUUUACAAUGUAACCGGAAUGUUUGUAAUUUGGUUUUCCGAAAGUCAAAUUUCAAUUCCAAGCAACUGCAAAACUUAAAACGGCUGUUUGAGGCUUUGUUUUUGGUGCAUAGAUACCCGCAUAAUGAAUCCGACUGAAAACUGAGCUUGGCCUUUUACGGUCUGUCCCCUUAAACGCGUUACAAUGUUCAUAAACUGUUGCCAAAAAAGCAUUUACAGUGCGUUCAAAAGUUAGAAUUUACAAUUUACAGUGUAGUUUUGAGCGAAUAAGGGCGUGUAGUAUCUACGCCACUUUUUCUAGGUACAUAUAGUAAAAAAUACCGCGCUUAUUUAAUCGGUUUAGCAGCUUUGCCUCACAUUAAAAAUGUGACGAUUGUAAAAUGUAAUAUUUGAAUGACAGAUAGUAAAAUGUAAAAGUGCGACACGAACCCGCGAUUUGUACCCGUAGCAGCGACCUCUGUCACUAAAACAAAUACAUGUAUGGAAUAUGGAGGCCGAGAUCAUCAAAUUAAAUAACUUGAACCUACUUUUACUUUAACCUUGUUGAUCCAGUGUGGUUAAAGU